GUAAUAUAUAUGAUCUGAUGCAAACAAGAGGUUUGACUUUCGUGAAGUUCUUUCGUCAUUGUUAGUUUAAUAAGUAUUCUCAUUAAGCGUCUUCUUUGUUACUCAUUUUUGGUGCCACAAGCAUAGUGAGACAAUGGUUAAGGUCUGGAAGCCAUGGUGUGUUUUGAUUUCUGUGCUGCAUUUGUUCCUCCACACCACAUCUUCUGAUUUCAUCGUCAAGAAUCUACCAGGUUUUGGGGAUCUUCCGUUCACAUUGAAUACUGGAUACAUUGGUGUUGGACAAAGAGAAGAGGUGCAGUUAUAUUAUUACUUUGUUGAAUCUCAAAGGAGUCCUUUGAAUGAUCCUCUUCUACUUUGGCUUGUUGGAGGUCCUGGUUGCUCUGCCCAUUCUGCUUUCUUCUAUGAAAAUGGGCCAUUAAUGUUUAAUUUUCACGAUUUUAAUGGGAGUUUUCCACAGCUUCUAUUGAAUCCGCACACUUGGACAAAGGUACUCAACAUAUUAUAUGUGGAUGCACCUGUUGGUACGGGAUAUUCUUACUCUAAAACACAAGAAGGCUAUUAUAGCAAUGACGAACAAUUGGUGGAACACAUGUAUGAUUUUUUCCAUAAGUGGCUGGUGGAUCACCCUGAAUUCAGAUCGAAUCCACUUUACAUUGGUGGUGGUUCUUAUUCUGGCAUAGUUGUUCUUCCCCUGGUUCAGAAAGUAUACGAAGAUUAUGAAACUGGACGCUCACCAAUCCUGAACAUCCAAGGCCUUGUGCUUGCAAGUCCAAGACUUGACUCUUUCAUGGACAAUAACACAAAAGUUGAAUUCGCUCACCAACGAACACUUAUAUCAAAUGAACUAUACGAGUCAAUUAAAUCUAAUUGCAAUGGUGAUUAUGUUAAUCUUGAUCCUAACAACACAAAAUGUAUGUCAGAUUAUGAAGCCUACACUGAGUUAGUUCGUUACAUAAAUGAAUAUCAAAUUUUGGAACCAAGUUGUGUGAUUGCACCUAAGGAGAAUCAAAGAAUUCUUUCUCAAGAAUUAAAUUAUAUCCACCAAACUAAAUUUAGGUGUCGGGAUGACUUAUAUGCAAUUGGAGAAUUAUGGGCAAAUGAUCCACAUGUUCAGAAGGCUCUUCAAGUUAGAGAGGGAACAAAAGAUCACUUCCAACGAUGCAAUCGCAGCGCUGCAUAUACAUGGAACGUUCCUAGUGUGGUUCAAUACCUUCAUAAUCUUACAAACACAAACAUGCGAUCUCUAAUUUAUUGCACGGAUCUUGACAUGUCGAUACCGUAUCUUAGUUCACUUUCUAUUGUCAAGUCACUUAAUUUGAAAUUUGAUAUGACUUGGCAUCCAUGGUUCGUUGAUGGUCAAGUGGCAGGAUAUGCCGAGGAAUACAAAAAAAGUGAGUAUCACCUAACUUACGCCAUUGUGAAGGGUGCAGGUCAUGUGGCGCAAGAGAGUAAGCCUAAGGAGGUAUAUGAGAUGAUUGACAGAUGGUUGUCAUUUUUUUAUAUAUGAAUAAUGCAUUAUUUAAUAUGUAUACAUAAUUUGGGAGUUUUAGUUUUUA